UUAUUCAUUGUGUUUAUUUUAAUUCGAGAAACAAUACAUUCUUUAUUAUGUAUAAAAAUUUCCAUUGUUUCGAUUAAAUGCCUCAGUGCAAGCACUUAAGAAGAUUACAAAUCAAUCAUUACAUCUGACAGGUGAUACAUUUAUAAGCCUGUACUAUUUAUCGUAUAUGCAAUUUAGAUCCUUAAACAUUGAUUUAUUCAUUACGUAAAUAGCAAAGCUAUUAUCUUUGUAUCGAUCGUUGUUUGUAAAUUAUUUUCUACUAUAUUAAAAUUUUGUAAGGGAACUAUUCCAUUUUAUAAAAACAUCUAUCUUAACAGUAGUCAUCAUAUUCUUGAAUAUUUAUAAACGAAUAAAAUGGUUUUUAUAAAAGUACAUUUCGUAAUUUUUUAUUUUCUCGGACUUAUACCUUUUUCAUAUAAAAAGAAUGCAAAUAUCGUAGACAAAAAAAAGUUUGGACCAGACACAAUAACAUUAGUUCCCACCGAAAUUCAUACAUGUUACAGUCUGGUUCUUAUAAUAAUAAUUGUUAUUGGUAAUAGUAUCCAGAUUCCUUUGUUCAUAAAAGAGCGUUAUUCAGGAGAUGGCAAUGAACUGACUGAAACAUUAAGUUUGGCCAUUAGCGUCAGUGGUAACGGAGUGUUGAUAAUUAUGUUAUUGUUAUACAUCGUUCAACGACAAAAAAUAAUAAAAUUGGGAAACCAGCUUUUAGAUUUAGAUGUCGCAAUGAAAAAAUUGCACAACAUCUAUAAAUUAGAGAGUGAUAAAAUGGAAUUAAUAUUAAUUUGCUACAUAAAUACAAUUCCGUGUGUUAUUAUUGCACUCUUUACUUUGUUUAUUGAGGCGUCAUUUAUUCGUGCAACUUGUAUGUACACUUUUCAUACCAUUGUAUUCAAUUAUUUUGUCAUGCAAUACGCCAUUGUUUUGACACUUAUUGAAAAAAAAUUGAAGUGUUGUAAUGACGCUUUUUUAAGGAUGAAGAAAUCGAUCGAGUUACAGUUUCGUGUUUACAAUACUCAAAAAAAUACACUUGAAAAAACAAGUAUUAUUGAAAUAUUUGCAUUGAAACGUUGUCACACAAUUUUAUGCAAAAUGUGCUCUGAUAUCGCUGACUUUUAUUCUUUUGGCUUUCUUUUUAUAAUUCCUUAUUCAAUCGUCUGUGUUAUUUUGAAUAUUUAUGAUUUAUUAACGCCUUUCUUAAAAAUAUAUCCAACUGAUGAUGUCAUUGUGAGACGCAUCGGUAAUAUUGCUUGGAUUACUGCACGACUUUUUCCUAUUUUAACUACUGCAAUAUGUGCUACUAAAGUUAGUAAACAGAUAAAAAGGACUAGCAGUGUUAUUCAAGAAAUUUUAUUUGAAUGUUUUAUGAGUCCAGAAAUUAAAAAUGAAUUAAAAAUUUUCUCACUUGAAUUACUUCACAAAAAUUUUCAAUUCACCGCAUACAACGUUAUUCCAGUGGAUUGUACUGUAUUACGCACGGUUUUUGGUGCAAUCGCUACAUACUUAAUAAUAUUUAUCCAAUUUCAAUCUGAUGACAUGUAAAAAAUUUUAUUUCGAAACUUUACCAAUUAAA